AAAAACCCUCCAAAAAACAAAAAAAUUCAUCAUCAGAAGUGAUCGGAUUACCGUUACCUCUUCCUCCGAUUACCGGAACUGCCCGUUCUUUCAUCUUACGCCGUUUGAAUUCAUAUAAUUAGUUACGAGAAACGCUAAUCGACUCGGGGCCUUUCGAUAUCAAGGCAAGUGAUUUCUUAUGACAUUCCAAUGUUUUUGUUUUAUCUGUAAAACAUUUUAUCUGAUUCUAUCUCACUCUUUUUCGUGGGCUACCAAAUAACAGCAAAAUGCGGGAAAAACUUAAGGGAGCAGAAAAUUAUUUCGAUUGCUUAUCCGAUGAUGAAGUUCUAUAUAUCAUCAACAAGCUCCCUAAUCUUGAAACCCUCCUUCGAUUAUCUGUAGUCUGCAACCGUUUUUCAUCUCUAGUGUCGAAAAUUGAUUCAAUUACUAUUGCUAGAGUCAAUCUCUCUACCUCUCCUCCUAGUUCUAAAUUCGGCACUGUUUUGAAAUUCUUCACGAAUCUAGUCUUUGGCCAGUCCGUUGCCAUUAGAGAUUUUCCUUUUAAAACAGUUUUAAACAAAUUUCAAGAAAUCAAACAUCUUCGAGUCGAGAUUGAUUUACCAAAAGAGCGUGUAGCAGCUUGUUUCGGAUCUCAUUUAGAUGUUCUAGUGUAUCUACAUGCUGGAUCUAUUAAAGAAUCUGAUUCGUUUAGUUCUGAUGUCAAAUAUGUCAAUCAAACUAUGGACUUAUUCCGUCCGGAGUUGAUCGAUUCUUCCAGCGAAUAUUUGAAAUCGAUGCUGAGUCUUUCGGCAGGUUGGCAUGGCCUAGUUCGGAAUCUAAUUCAGGAUCUUCACAAUCUCCGCAGCUUAAUUAUUUCCAGUUCGCCUAAUGCGAUUUUCGUACUUGGAGAAGAACAACUUGCAACACUGAGGAAUAAUUCUAAUGAUCUCAAAGACAACACAACAAUUGCAGUAAAUGUUCGAGCUAUUCAAGUGCCAAUUUUGGAGUUGAAAUCUUGUGGUGUGAUAAUGGAAAAUGUGUUUAUCGCCGUCCUUACAAACCAGAAGUUUAAACUCGACAGUGAGUUGAAACUCGUUGAUGGAGUGGAUAAUCAUGCUAUUGACUGGAGAAUUUCUAAGGAAGCUAUUGGGGAGAUUGUUGAUAAGAUCAAGAAGAAUGAGGGACUUACUGUGAAGAAAAUUUCUAAUGUGUUGGAUUUUCUUAAAUAGCUAGAUCAUAUUGAUGUCUUACUAAGUAGUCCUAAAGGUAUAUUUUGUUUGCAAUUUAGUCCUUGACUUGUUCUUAAUUUGUUGAUUUUCUCAUUAGCUUCUUAAUGAUUGUUUAGACUCGAGAGCUUUUCAAGCUGAAAUAUC